GGUUAAGCGGCGGGUGAGGGGGGGCGGCGGGAGCGCGCGGCGGCUGCGGUGGGGUCUGAGCGCGGCCCCCAUGGAGCUGCUGCGGAAAUGGCUGGGCCACCCCGAGGACAUCUACAACCUGCUGCGCUUCAAGAUGGGCGGCUACCGCGCCGUCAUGCCGCGGAUGGACACGGACUCGCUGGGAUGUGGCCUCCGCACCUGCUACCGCUACCUCAACCAGACCAGCCGCAGCUUCGCCGCCGUCAUCCAGGCUCUGGACGGAGAGCUGCGACAUGCAGUGUGCAUAUUCUACCUAGUUCUCCGUGCCCUGGACACUGUAGAGGAUGACAUGAGCAUCCCCUUGGAUGUCAAGGUCCCGAUGCUCCAAGAGUUCCACUCCCAUCUCUACCAGCCAGACUGGAAGUACACAGAGAGCAAGGAGAAGGACCGGCAGGUGCUGGAAGACUUCCCGACGAUCUCCAUGGAGUUCAGAAACCUCUCCAAGGUCUACCAGGAUGUGAUUUCUGAUAUUUGCCACAAGAUGGGUGUUGGGAUGGCGGAGUUCUUGGAGAAGAAGGUGGAUUCUCAGCAUGAGUGGGAUAAGUAUUGUCACUACGUUGCUGGGCUGGUGGGGAUUGGCCUCUCCCGUCUCUUCUCUGCAUCAGAGCUGGAAGAUUCCAUCGUGGGGCAGGACACAGAGCUGGCAAACUCCAUGGGCCUCUUCCUACAGAAAACCAACAUCAUCCGUGACUAUCUGGAGGACCAGCUGGAGGGAAGGGAGUUCUGGCCCAGAGAGGUUUGGAGCAGAUAUGCCAAGAAGCUCUCGGACCUUGCCAAGCCAGAGAACAUCGAUGUGGCCGUGCAGUGCCUCAAUGAGCUCAUCACCAACGCCCUCCACCACGUCCCCGACGUCCUCACCUACCUGUCCCGCCUCAGAAACCAAAGCGUCUUCAACUUCUGCGCUAUCCCCCAGGUGAUGGCCAUUGCCACGCUGGCUGCCUGCUACAACAACCAGCAGGUGUUCAGGGGGGUGGUGAAGAUCCGCAAGGGCCAGGCCGUCACCCUCAUGAUGGAUGCCACGAACAUACAAGCUGUCAAAGCCAUCGUGUACCAGUAUGUGGAGGAGAUCUACCAGAAGAUCCCGAGCACGGACCCCUCGUCCAACAAGACGCAGCAGGUCAUCGCCUCCAUCCGCGCCAUGAGCCUGCCCGGCAGCCCCAUGGCCUCCCGCCACCACUACUCGCCCAUCUACCUGUCCUGUGCCAUGCUCCUGGCUGCCCUGAGCUGGCAGUACCUCAGCACCCUCUCCACGGCCACCGAGGAGUACGUGCAGGCGGGAGAGAACUGAAGGGCGGUGGCCGGGCAGGGGGACAAGCGGUGGCAGAUGGGCGGCGGGGACAGGAGGCUCCUCGUCCCCUGCCCUGGGGGUGGCCCAGCUCUGGGCACCGGGACGGUGACAAGGAUGGGAGCUGCAGCCCCGUGGUAACAGUGAGGCACUGCUGGGCUCCAUCCUCACCGCCCGUGCUGUCUGCUUGGAUGGGCUGCAGAUGCUGAUUGGAGUUUUAGUGUUUGGGGUUGAGUAUUUUUUUUUCCCCCUUUUUUUUCCUGCUCACCUGAAUAUUUUGGGUGGUUGUUGUUGAUUUUUGUGGGGUUUUUGUUGUUUUUUUUGUUGGUUUUUUUUUUCCGUUAGGAUGGUUUGAAAUAGAAACUCCGGUUGUUUCUUUUCUUCCUUGAGAUUUGAGGCAUCCUUCCAGCUCACAGCUGAGCAAAACCCUGAGGGUUUUGCCUCCCUUUCUUAGCCAGCCUCUUCUCCCUCACCUCCGAUGCCUGCUCUGUGCUGGAAGGAUGCUGCUUCAGCUGUGAGAGGAACGUGCUUCCUCAUCCAAGGAAAAAACUCUGGCCACUUUCUGGCCCUCAGUGAUUGACAUCCUGCAGCCUGGAAGGAGGCAGAGGCACAGUCACAUUUCUGCUGUGCUGAAGGAUGCUGAAAUGAGCCCUUUUGAUGUUAAAUACAUGGGAGGUGAGGUACUCUGUCCACCCGAACGUGCCCCCAGCUGAAAGGCAGCUGUGCAGCUCCCUGCCUGGGGACAGAUGGCCCCUGCAGUGACACAGCUCUUGUUUCAGCAGCUGGGAGGUUGUAAAAAUGAGAAGGGAGCUGCCAGCACAGCCCUGAGCUCCCCCGGGCCUGGCUCCACGGCAGGCUCUGGGCUCUGCGCUGACUCGGCCCCAGGGGAUGGGUGGUGGUGGCAGAGCAAGGCAGGGGAGCAGGAGGAUGCUUUUUUAGGGGGGCAGGGAUCACCCUGGAAGGCAGAAACGAUCCCUGCCAUGAGCUGGGAAGGCUGGAGCCUCCGAGGGGGUGACCAGGGCAGGUUUCCCUGGCCCACUUGGCUCCGGCUUUGGCUCAGACUGAUGUGCGAGCUGCAAGAGGCUCCUACUGCUGUCUUCAAAUGCAUCAGGCUGGACUUACAAGAGGAAACAACACCCUGAAGGCAAGUCCUGUUCUCUUGGGGUGGAUUGCUGUUUUCAAGGUCCCUACCCACCCCCUUCGAAUGCUGCUUUGCCGUGGUGAAGGGAAGGAGAGCCAUGUCCUGGUCCAGGACGGUGGGUGCAGGGUGGUGGCCUUUGCAAGGCCAAGCCCCCGUGGCCAGGCUGUUACUCAGAAGGAGAACCCCAACUCCACAGCUCCUGGUGUAGAUAGUUUUAAGCUGCUGUCCUAAAGAAACUCGCGGUAGCUCUCUUUGUGCAGCUUCCCGUCUUGUUGAAAUUAAAAGUUUUCUUUGGGAAAAAAAAAUAAAAGUGCUGGAUCAUG